CACCACAACACCACGCCCGCCCCGUCCACGCCCUCGCCGCUGCUGCUGCUGCUCUCCUGCCCGUGUCGCCGCUGUCACCACGCCCGCCGCCCGCGACGGCCGCACGUGCAUGCCCGAUAAGCGCCUGCCUCUGCUGCUGCCCACCGCCUUUGUUCCUUCGGCGAGCCGACAUGAGGCCGCAGUGUCCUCUGUAUAUGCGUAAUGACCAGUAAUGCCCUGCCAGCUCUGAACGCACCCGCCCUCGCCCCAGGCUCCCGAGACGCCCGCCUGCGCAGCCCGUGUUCGCCGCUGCCCGUCUCGGCGCCGUCAACAAAGGAGCCCCAUCACCACCACCCCCACGACGAUGACCAGAACGAGUCCGAGGCCGAGACGGUGGUCCUGGACGGCAACCGCGGCACGAGCCUGAUCAAGACGGAGCGCGACGAUGACGACGACGACGACGUGCACGUGGCACGCCUGCGCUCCAUCAAGGAAGAGUCGCGUGCCAGCUCGCCGCAGCUCAACGGCCGCCGCCGCUCCAGCGAAGGGAAAGCCAAUGGCACCCGCCACGGCUCCGACCGCGACGGCAAGAGCCCCAUCCCCACGUCGCCCAGCAGUCGCACCACGUCGCGCCACACAAAGGACACGAGCCCGUCCGACUCGGCCAAGUCGCCCAUCCAGACCACCCUCUCCCCCGUGCAGCACACGGCUCGCGGCCGCAGCGCCUCGACGGUUGAGAACCGCAAGCGCAAGCUGCGCGAGGACUCGUUCCCCAAGGCAGCCGAGCCCCCGCGACAAAAGGCCAAGACAGAGGUGCCCAAGGACCUGCGCCAGCCCAACUCACCCGCGCUGCCGGGCUUUGGCCGCGCUCACAAGCGCUCGCAGUCGACCCAGUCGGUUAUAUCUGGUGUCGCGGGCCGCAAGCGCCGUGAAAUCACAGCCCUGUCUCUGUCCACUGACCACAAGCACUGGUCCGACUCCAGCUCUGAAAACUCCUCUUCACCGCGACUAGCACAGACGCCCAACCCCGUCCAGCACACACGGCUCAAACGCUCCUCCCACCGUGCUAUGACCUCGCCUGCACGCACAAUGGCCCCCACACGCAAGACUGACCGAUUUGGCGCGACGCGACUAGCCCGGGAAAGCGAAAAGGGCGACUUGGACGCUGUCAAAGCAGCCUACGAAGAGGCACCAGACUCCAAGGACCAGCUCGAUUUUGCCGGCAUUGCUCCCCUGCAAAAGGCUGCACUGCACGGCUGGACGGAAGUGGUCGAGUACCUUAUCCGCAAGGGCUGCCGGACUGAUUGCGAAUCAAACGAUCGCGACACUCCGCUUAUCGACGCCGUCGAGAAUGGACACCUGCAAGUUGUCAAACUCCUCCUGAACCAGGGGCGUGUGAACCCACAUCAUCAGAACAAAAAGGGCCAGCGCGCAAUUGACGUACUGGAUUACGAGGACGACGACGCCGAGGAGAUGGAGAGGGAGCUCAAGGAAGCCAUGAGAAGGGAAGUCGAUAUUUCAUCCAUCAACGACCAGGAGCUGUGUGCGCCAAAGGAAGCAAAGUCUGCGCCUCGACUGCUUUACAACGAGUACAACGUCGAGACUCUGAUCGAAAAGGCCGGCGACGGUGACAUUAUUGCCGUGGGAGAGCUGAUUAACAGCAACAUCAGGCCCAACAUUACUUGCGGUGUUGCUGCAGCAAGAGGCGGCCACUACGACAUUCUUAGCAUUCUUCUGGCGAGUGGCCUGAAAGCGGACCCCGACCCAUCGAAGCACCCCGAGACUCCCAUGACAGUCGCCAUUGGCCGAGGGCACCUCAAGAUUAUCCAGUUAAUUCUCGAACAAGACCACUUCGAUCCAACGCGACGGAAUAAGGAGGGCAAGACUUACUACGAGAUCUCCGAAGAACGAAGAGGCCCAAAAUGGGAGCAGGAGAGGGAGAUGCUCAAGCGUGCUUGCGACGAGCAUAGGCUGACGCACAAAAGCCCACGAAGAACCAGGAAGGAAGCGCCUAAUACAUCAGCCGUGCGUAUGAAAAGAAGGUCACCUCCCCGGAGAGAACGAUCGGAAUCGCCGCGCUCAGAACCGCGGACAGCUACUCUUACAAAAUCGUCUUCGAUGGCUGCUGCACCCCAAAAGUCGCGGCGUCUGUUGUCCGGAAAAGAAAUGGCGAACCGGGAAGGGAAGAGACGGAAGCGGGUUGUCGACGACGAAACGUCCGAGGAAGAAAGCGAGGAAGACGUGCGGCCGCCUACAAGAAAAGUCAAGCCUCGUUCGUACAGCGAGGGCGAGGAGGGCGACGAGACCAAGCCAGUCAAAGCGACGCUAAAAGCACGCUCGGAUGAUAACGAUUCGACGAGAAGAACGGUACCUCCACGUAAUCACUCAGACGAGAGCGACGAAGAUUACGUGACGAAACCCCCAACCAAAGUCCGCUCAAAACCAAAAACUGCGAGUGCCAAACCCACGCCUGAAAUUGACUCUCCAGACGAACGCAAACCUGUCAAGAACAAGAUCAAGUACAAAACAAUGGAGGAUAAAAUCAGGAAGCGACGAUUGUCUGAUGCGUCAACUGACGGCUUCUGUCGCAAGAGGACACCUACUGCAUCUGCAAAGUCAACACCCGCGCCGCCCGAGAGGAUUGCAACACCAGAGGUAGUGCGUGAGCGUCGUCAAGAAGAACAAAGACUGGAGCUUGAAGCAAAACGCAAAGCAGCCGAAGCUGAAGCACAGAAAAGGGAAGAAGAAGAAAUCGCGCGCAAGGCUGCAGAAGAGGAGGAAACACGAAAGCAAGCUGAAGCUGAUGCAGAAGCAAAGCGUCAAGCCGAGGACGCACGCAAGCGAGAAGAGGAAGAAGCCCACCAACAAGCCGAGGACGAGGCAAAACGACAAGAACAGCUCGCUGCACGACAAGACCGCUUAUCGAAACUUCCCCUGGCCAUACGGCGGGCGUGCGAACUCGGUACCGACAGACCCCUCCACUUCUCCGGCGAACAACUCGGCGUAUCUGUCGUCUUUCUCCCCCUCUUAUACGCCACAUCGGACGACCUGUGCAGUCCGGACGCACUCCCCGACAAAACAUACAUCUGCUCUUUUCAGCUCGUGGGCAUUCUCGGACUACCUGAACUCGACCUCGCACACCUUCCAUCCCCGUAUUCCGAAUGGCACCGCAUACCCGUUACACAAGAGCAGCGCCAAGCGAUCCUGCGACAAUACGACGACGCGCUCCUAGCCCAAGAUCUACGCUUCCCCGUUGAAGGUGCGUUGGACUACGACUACAGCAAGAUCCAAGCCAGCAUCAAAGAGGCGCAGAAUCAGUUCUUGACAAUGGAGGGCCUGUACUGGAUUGAGGAGUCGCUUCUGGGUUCUGAGGUUGAGAAAGUCGAGUUUCUGAGGCCAUUGCUCGAUGACAUCAAGAAGAGGCGCGUCCACUUAGCCACACCCAGCAGGAGCGACACGGCGAAGAAGGAGCACAAGCCGCGGAAGAGCAUCAUGGACUUGUUUGCCGUGUCGAAAGAGGUCAAUGGCGGUGGCGUGACAGUCAAUGGCGAUGGAUGAACAUGGGCAAGAAAACGGAUUGUUGACAACUGAAGAAAACAUGUUGCUACGAGCUCUUCGAUGAGUGUCGUGCGCGGCACGGGGAAGGACGGGAUUUGGUUCAAUGCACAGCAAUUGCGCAAAGGUUGAGGCGGUUCCUCCCAAGAACAAGUCGGGGGAAUACAUGCAUGCGUACGAAGAUGAUGGGUCUCGGAAUGGCUAUUGAUUGGUAGAUCGAUGGGGGAUAAACGUAUAAAGUAACGAAUUUCAUCUGCGAUGAUGG